AUGUCAUCACAAACUAUUAAAUCUCCAAAAUCUCCUAAAUCUCCUAAAUCUUCAGUUUCUUCAUCAUCAUCAAUAAAUUCAGAUUUAAUAUCACCACAAUCAAGAAGAAGACUGAGUAUUAAUUCAAAUGAUGAUGAUCCUUAUGCAUUAGCAGAAAAAUAUUAUGGUGAUCAUAAAAAGAAAACUUUUAGUAAAGAUAGUCCUUUAUCAAGAGUUCGUACUUUUAGUACUUUUGAAUCUCAAACUACAAAACAUGAAUUUUUAAAAAAAUUAAAUGAACAACAUCCUAUUAAUGAUACUAUAAAAGAACAAAGUGAACCUCCAAGUUCUGGUGGUUCAAAAUCACCAACUCCUUCAGCAACUUCUACUUCAUCUUCAAUUACUGCACCACCAAAAGUUCAUUUUAAUUUAAAUGCUGGUAAAGAUAAAAAUGAUUAUGAUGAAGACGAAGAUUCUCCUACAGAAGUUGAUAAUUUAAACAAUUCAAGUCAACAUAAGAACGGAUUCUCUCAUAUUCAGAAACAUUACCCUAUGAUUAAAGAUGAAUCACCAAAUACUCUUGCUAUUGAUGAUUUAAAUGGAGAAUCAAUUAGUCCAGCAGAAGAAAGAAGAUUUAUAAGGCAAAAUACCGAACAAGCUACUAAAAAACCAUCAAUUGUUCCAUUAUAUGAAAAUGAAUCUCAAACAAUUGCACAACCACAAAAUAAUAAAUUGCAUUUUAGAAGAGCCUCCUUGGAUGAUACUAUAAUUCGUCCUAAAAAAUAUUAUAUAAGUGAUGUUCAAGAAACUUUAAAAGAAUUAUUGGAAAGUGAAGAUACUGAUAAUAAUUGUCAAAUAACAAUAGAAGAUACAGGACCGAAAGUUUUAAGAUUAGGUACAGCAAAUUCAAAUGGUUAUAAAUCAGCAUCUGUACGAGGAACUUAUAUGUUAAGUAAUCUUUUACAAGAAUUAACAAUUGCAAGUAGAUUUGGUAGAAGACAAAUUGUAUUAGAUGAAGCAAGAUUAAAUGAAAAUCCAGUUAAUAGAAUGAAAAGAUUAAUUUCAACUUCAUUUUGGAAAAAUUUAAGUAGACAAGUUACAAGUGAAAAUAUUGUUGAAAUGUCAAGAGAUACCAAAAUAAAAGAAGAUUGGAUUGAUGAAAAUGGGGUUAAACAUGAAGAUCAAGAAAGUCAUAGAGUUUAUGUACCUUAUAAUAGAAAAGAUCAGUAUGAUUUUUUUACAAGAAUAAAAAACAGUAGAGAUGAUAUUCAUUUAGAUGUUCAAUAUUUACCUAAAGUUAUAGAUGCAGAUUUUAUAAAAUCAAUUAAUAAAAAACCAGGUUUAUUAGCAUUAUCUUCAAGAAUUGAUCCAAAAAAUCCAGAAAAUUUAAUAAGUUGGCCAUAUGUUGUACCAGGUGGUAGAUUUAAUGAAUUAUAUGGCUGGGAUUCAUAUAUGGAAACUUUAGGUUUAUUAACUGAUGUUUAUCCAAAUAAAAAUUUAGAACAUUUGGAAUAUGCAAGAGGAAUGGCUGAAAAUUUCAUUUAUGAAAUUGAUCAUUAUGGUAAAAUAUUAAAUGCUAAUAGAUCUUACUACCUUGGUAGAUCACAACCACCUUUUUUAACAGAUAUGGCUUUAAGAAUUUUCAAUAAAACAAUGGAAGUCAUGCCUGAAGAAAUGAAUGAUACAAUUGAUUUUUUGAAAAGAUCUACAUUAGCAGCUAUAAAAGAAUAUGAAACAGUUUGGUGUUGUCCUCCAAGAUUAGAUCCAAAAACUGGGUUAUCUUGUUAUCAUCCAUCAGGUAAAGGUAUACCACCAGAAACUGAAGCAUCACAUUUUACAGCAGUUUUGAAAAAAUAUGUUGAAAAAUACGGAAUAACUCAAGAUGAAUUUAUUGAAAAAUAUAAUCUGGGAGAUAUUAAAGAACCAGAAUUAGAUCAAUAUUUCUUACAUGAUAGAGCAGUUAGAGAAUCUGGUCAUGAUACGUCUUAUAGAUUAGAAGGUAAAUGUGCUUGGUUAGCAACGGUUGAUUUAAAUUCAUUAUUAUAUAAAUAUGAAAAUGAUAUUGCAUUUAUAAUUACAACUUUUUUCAAUGAUAAUUUAGAAGAUUCAAAAGGUAAUAUUCAUUCAUCCGAGAUAUGGCUUAGAAGAGCAACUGAUAGAAAAGCAAAUGUUAAUAAAUACUUAUGGAAUGAAAAAGAUUCAAUGUAUUAUGAUUAUAAUGUUCAUGAACAAAAACAAGAAGAUUAUGAAUCAGCAACUUGUUUUUGGCCAUUAUAUGCAAAAUUAGCAUCAACUGAACAAGCUUCAAAAUUAAUUGAAAAUUCAGUCCCCAAAUUUGAAGAACAUGGUGGUUUAGUUGCUGGUACUUUAAAAUCAAGAGGUGAUAUUGGUUUAUCAAGACCUUCUCGUCAAUGGGAUUUCCCAUUUGGUUGGGCUCCACAACAAAUUUUAGCUUGGAUUGGGUUUGUAAACUAUGGUUAUGAUGGUAUUGCAAGAAGAUUAGCUUAUAGAUGGUUAUUUAUGAUGACAAAAUCAUUUGUGGACUAUAAUGGAGUAGUUGUUGAAAAAUAUAAUGUUACAAAAGGUGCAGUUCCUCAUAGAGUUGAUGCUGAAUACGGUAAUCAAGGUCUUGAUUUCAAAGGAGUAGCAACAGAAGGUUUCGGAUGGGUUAAUGCAAGUUAUUUGUUUGGUUUAACUUUCUUGGAUCUUUCAGGUCAAAGAGCUUUGGGAACUCUUACUCCUCCAGAUGUCUUUUUCAGAAAUAUGCAUCCGGUUCAAAGAAGAAGUUACCAAUAG